AUGUUCCUGUUCUGCGUUAUUAGCGUCUCCCCUGCCUGGUUUUCUGCGUCUGAAUCACAUGAUUCCGAAUUGCAAGCCUUGAACUCAGAACUGUCACAGUGGACGGACAGCCCAGAUCCCAAGCGUCCGCCGCAUACGUAUCGUGAUGGCAGCACCAUUGACUGGCUGUACGAAGAGAACUUGGAACGCCAGAGGAAGAACAGACUGAGAAGCCAACGCGGUGCUAAGGGCAUUCUUCUGCCGACCCUGGACACCAUGAAGAUGUGGUUCGUCAUAGUAGCUACUGGCAUUGGAGUGGGAGUCACUGGUGCUUCGUUAGAUGUCUUAGUCAAAUGGCUAGGAGACCUUCGGGAAGGUCGUUGCUCCUAUGGAUUCUUUUACAAUCAAGUAGCUUGCUGUAGCGGCUUAGACCCGGGUGAAAUCUGCACGGAAUGGCGGACUUGGUCCGAAUGGUUUAGUGUACAUUCCAUUCUGGGCCAAUCUCUGCUACAAUCUUUCGUUUACAUGGCCCUGGCUGUCGUCUUCGCAGGAAGUGCCGCGAUUUUAGUGCAGACCUAUGCGCCGUACGCGUUCCACACUGGAAUCCCCGAAAUUAAGGCUAUACUAGGAGGUUACGUGCUAGACGCAUUCUUGAGCCCAUGGACGCUCCUGAUUAAGGGAGUCGGGCUGGCUCUCUCCGUCGCUUCUGGCCUGUCCCUCGGGAAAGAGGGUCCCCUGGUUCAUGUGGCGUGCUGUAUGGCCUACAAUCUGUCCGGCUUCUUCCCCCAAUUCCGCCAUAACGAAGCUCAGAAACGCAAAUUGCUAGCUGCAGCCGCGGCCGCUGGUGUAUCCGUGGCAUUUGGUAGCCCUUUGGGCGGUGUUCUGUUUGGGUUAGAAGAAUUGGAGACUUUCGCCAACGAGACUGAGGUUAUCUGGCGAGGAUUUGUCACGUCUGUGAUCGCCGCAGUCUCGCUGCAAUAUGUCGAUCCCUUCGGCACGUCAAAAUUGGUCCUGUUUCAGGUAACCAGCGGCAGUGACACAUGGCGCGCCUUCGAGCUGGUUCCCUGGCUCUUCUUGGGCGUAAUCGGUGGCAUUUUGGGGUCCCUCUUAAUAAAGCUGAAUGUUGCAGCCGCCGUAUACCGAAGGAACAGUAUCAUGCACGAGUGGCCGGUCUUGGAGGUGAUAGGUGUAAGCGCUAUCACUGCCGCCAUCAGCUAUCUUGUAGUAUUCCUCAGGGUGCAGUCCUCAGAACUUGUGGCAAAUUUAUUCCAGGAGUGUGAUGCAAGUAAAGGCGAUUAUCAUGGAUUGUGCAAUCCUGUCGCUAUGUGGAGGAAUGUCUUUCUUCUUACACUCACUGCAACUGUGAAGAUCGGGUUGACUGCAUGGACAUUUGGAAUGAUGGUCCCUGCUGGUAUAUUCCUCCCAACCAUUGCGAUAGGAGCUUCACUGGGCCGAGCAGUAGGCCUCUUGACGCAAGGGAUGUAUCGAGCGCAUCCAACGUCUUGGAUCUUCUCCUCGUGCCCUCCCGAUCCUACAGUGCGAUGUAUCUCACCGGGUUUCUAUGCCGUUAUAGGCGCUUCUGCAAUGCUAGGCGGUGUUACUCGGAUGACCAUUUCGCUCGUAGUAAUCCUGUUCGAGCUCACCGGCGCACUAUCACACGUCUUACCCAUCAUGAUAUCCGUGAUGGUAUCUAAAUGGGUGGGGGAUGCCUUUGGCGAAGGGGGUAUAUACACGGCCUGGAUUGCGAUGAGGCGCUAUCCAUGGUUACCGUCAGUCGAGUAUAAGGAUCAGGGCGAGGUUGCGGCGCAAGUCAUGAGACCUGUGGACGAAUUAGUCGUGAUCGAGAACCGCAAGUGCACAUUGAAGGAACUUGAUGCUCUCUUGAAGGCCCACGAAUUUCACGGCUUCCCUGUAGUUCAGGAAGGACAAUUGCUAGGAUACGCUAUCCGCGAUAGACUGCGAGCGUUCCUCAGUAUGUUAUCUACGGGAGCUGCCACCGAGCAAUCAGAGCAGAUAUGUUCCUUCCUACCGAUUAGGUCUGAGGAUCCUGGGUCCGCCGAUCUUUCCCCUGUCCUCGAAAAAGCGGUAUUGCAGCUCCGGAAGGAGGUGCCUCAGGAGCUCGUUGUCAACAUGUUCCAAAAACUGAGCCUGCGUCAUGUCCUCUUUACCCAGUCGGGGAAAUUAACGGGCAUGAUGACCAAGUCGGACGUGGUUUCUUUCCUGAACGCUCAUUUCCCUCAUGCAGCCGCAUUAGCUGUACCUCCAGGCCAGUCGCCCUGGCCUUAG